AUGGAUGAUUAAGAUAAAAUUCAAGAAGAUGAAUGUAUGAAUUAAUAUUGUACAAUUGAAUCAUAAAAUGUUUAUCCUGCUAAAUUUAGUGAUUAAAUUCUAUUUUUUUGUAAAGAAUGUCUUGAAUUAUACACUGAGAAAAAGUGCUGUUAUUUCUGUGCUUAAGUUUAUAGUGAUCAAAAUGAAAAUUUUUUAGAUGGUCAAAAAUGGAUUGCAUGCGAUUAGGAAAAGUGUGACAAAUGGACCCAUUUAUCUUGUGAAGCCAAAAAUGGAAUCCAUAGUAUUGAAUGCUUAGUAGAAGAUAUGAAAUUUAAAUACAUUUGCCCGUGGUGUAGGAUUGAAGAUUAAAAACAAAGAAAUAUGAAACCUCUUCCGAGAUAAAUCAACAGAAAGGGAUUUAAAUUCUUGGAGAAAAUUCAUAAAAGAAAGAAUAGUACCUAUGAACCUCCUCUAAAUAAUAAUAAUAAUGGUCCCUCGUAUUUUGGUUCAACAUAUACAAGUAAAUCAAGUUACUUGGAUGAACUCUUGAAAAAGAAUGGAGGGUUUAGUUAGUAAAUAACAUAAGAAGAAAUGCAAUUAGAUUUAUAGAAAAUGAUUUCAUUGGUUAAAUAAUGA